UUUUUUUAAAAAAAACUGUAAAAUACAGCUAAGGAGAAGAAUAGAAUAGAAUAAAUCAAAUUAAAAUCAAAAUUAAAUCAAUUUUAUGUAUAUUCAAGAUGCCAUCAGAUGAGGAUGCUUGCUAUAUUUGUGAAGGAGAUCGAUCUACUUCAAAAAAUCCAAUCAUUUUCUGUGAUGGAAAAGGAUGUAAUAUGCCUGUACAUAAACGUUGUUAUAAUGUUGAAGAAAUUCCUGAUGAUGAUUGGUUUUGUGACAGAUGUGAUAAUAAGAGAAAAAAGAAAGCUACUAAUAUUAUUUGUUGUCCAAUGCAAACAGGUGCAGUCAAGAAGACUGAUGUAGCGGGCGAAUUUAUGCAUGUCGUUUGUGCAAUGUGGAAUAAAUUAAUUGAUGAAGGAAAACUUCCUUAUUCUGUCCCUCGAUCAUUGUUAAAUAUACAUGAAUGUAAAUAUUGUCAUCAAAACAAAGGAUUAUGUAUUCAAUGUGAGGAGCCCGGUUGUCAAAUUUAUUUUCAUGCUACUUGUGCAAUUAAUAAUAGUCUUAUUACACCUGCUGCCUUUGUUCCUCCUCAUUUCUCUCCUAGAUGUGGUCAACAUCAGGCUCAAAACAAAUCAAUAGGCAUGAAAAAGGGAAGACGUCUUCGUCCUUCUAGAGAUUUAUCAGACGAUGAAUCCGAGAAUAGUGAAGAAGAAAUAAAAAAGAAACAAAUCAUGAUGCCUAGAAAGAAGCAAAAGUUAUCAUUACCAUCACUAUUAUCGUCACCUAUUAAAAAAGAAAACUCGAAUAGAAAUUUAUUUUUUGAAAAAGAGGAAGAAGAAGAAGAAAAAGUAGACGGUAGUAGUAGUAGUAGUAGUAGUAAUAGUAAUAAUGGUAGUGGUAAUAGUAGCAGUAGUAGUGACGAUGAUAUGGGUACAUCAUCAAGUAGUAAAUCAAAAUCAUCUAAUAUGAGUAAAGUGAAUUCAUUGGCUAUUCUCAAUAACCGAACAGAAGAUACGUCACAUAGAGAAAGUAGUGGUAAACAAAAAUUACCAAAUAAUAAUGGCAUAAUAAGAACAAAUAACAACAAUCCAACUAUGAUGACAUCACCUAUUAAAAAAUAUAAAGGACCGAGUAUUAUUAAAGAUAUUGAAAUUCAAAAUUCUCAGCAACGUUGGAAUAGCAGUCAUCAACAACCUAUGACACCUUAUGGAAAUAACGCUUCAUUUUUUGAUAAUUAUGAACUUAUGAAAAGUCAACGUAAUAGUAGUAAAUCAGUAGAUAAUAAUUCAGAAGAAUUAUUAAAAUUAAGAGAAGAAGUUAAAAGAUUGAAUGGAUUCAAGAAAUCAGUAUCAGAUAUAUUUCAAGGAUUAAAUGUACCACUUCAAGGAUCUAAUGUGCCUUCGCCUAUAAAUGAUAUCGAAAAUUAUGUGUCUUAUUUACAACUUGUACUAAAACGUGUAGGUCCAAUUCGCGAACAAGAUCGAAUUCAAAUACAAGAAUAUGUUAAAAAACUUUAGCGCAUUAUUCCCAACAACAACAACAACAACUACUACUACUACUACUACCACUUAUUAAUAAAAGACUUUUUUUUGUUUUUGUUGUAUUUGUA